UAAUCGUAGGACGUUUAUAUCGAGAAGGGGAGACUGCAAUGGAGAGUUUUUGUCCGUAUGACACGAACGAUGAAGAGACUUACAGCGAAGAUAGUGACGAUGCGGGUGUGCCUAGUGGCGAGGUGGAUGGAAAUAGCGACGAUACAGGUGACGAUCGAAAGCACAAACACCGUCAUGAAAAGCAGAGAUACGAUGCUGGCGGAUUUGAAGCUCCCGACCCAAACGAUCCCCGCGAUUAUGUCUACCGGUGCUACGUUGAAUCCGAGGACUUCACAUACUCAUUCCCAUUCCAUGAAAGCUGUUGGUUUCUUCUUGCACGAAUCCUUGGCUAUUCAAGUCAUACGCAGAUCGAAAAACGGGCCAUGCGCUCGGCUCUCCGGGAGAUUACGCAGUCUGGUCACUGCGAAUGGUGCGCCACGGACCUAGAUUACGGCUCUGUGGGACACAGCGAAUACUUCACCUGCGAACACGCACACGAGUCUGUGAUAUGCGAGCCAAAACUAGACGUACCAGUCGACAUGUCGUUAUUCCCAAAAGGAGAAGCAUCCACCUCACCUCUCCAACUCGAACACAAAGUGCUCCGCGAUCCAUUCUCGAGACUGCCUUACGAUGUAUUGCAUGGCAUUAUGCCGUAUCUAUCAUCUGAAUCGCGGUUCAACUUCAUGUUCGCAUCGCACUAUACCUACACGAAACUGCAGUCUGAAGACGCAUUCUGGAAAUGGAUGAUUAAAAUAGACAUCGGGCCUUGGUAUCCCGAGAUCAUACCUCUGCUACCGCAACUCUGCGCCCCGGAUAUAAACGUCAAGCAGACGUAUCUCUAUCUGCGGUCGUCUAUCUUGCACGUCGGCACUGCAGACGACGAUGAAGACGACGAUGAUGAAGACGACGACGAUGACGAGGAUGAAGACUCGGAGGCCCGCUGUUCAUGUAAAGCUUGCGUCGGGGAUGAAGACGAGGAUGAAGACGAGGAUGAAGACGAGGAUGAAGACGACGAUGAUGACGACGACGACGAUGAUGACAGAGACGAAGACGACGAUGGAGACGAAAACCCAUUCCUAGGCGUCAUAAACCGCAUGCGCAUCAAACUAGCCUGCCUAAAGCUCGCACGAGCUUAUUUAAAAAAAGUACAUGCCCCAGCAACCGGUAUCUUAAAACAGCUGGAGCACGUGGAGCCCGAGGAGCUAGAGAAGCUCAAGUUGAUAUGGUAUGAAAAGAGCAGUGGCUUCAGAUCGCUCAUGGAUUCGUAUCGUUGCAUCUCCAAAGGCGACAGCGACGGGGCAGGAGACUACUCCCACCCUCCGUGGGGUGUUUUGGGGGGAUACGACAGCGACGAGGCAGGAGGCCUUUGGCGUCCUCCGUGGGCUGGUCAGGAAUACGACAGCGACGAUUCUCAAUAUGAUCGAGAGCUGCAUUAUCAUGAGUCGCCUUUCUUUGAUGGAGACAUUAACCAAUAUAAUAGAUUGGCCGAACUUCAUUCUUUGUGGGAUGGGAUGCGACGAUGA